ACAAACGCUUCUAUCGGCGGACUCACAGAGGGUAAAGAAUACCAAUUCCGUGUGAAGGCUUUCAACAAAGCCGGAGUUGGUAAUCCUUCAGAUGCAUCCGAAAAACAGCUUGCAAAGCCGAAAUUCAUUCCCGCAUGGCUCAAGCACGAUUGCCUAAAGAGUCUGACAGUGAAGGCUGGACAAACGGUCAGAUGGGAAGUAAAAAUCGGCGGAGAGCCGGUGCCAGAAGUCGUUUGGACCAAGGAGGACAAACCUAUUGAGCCUUCACUGAAUCUUAGCAUUGACACAAAGAGAAAUGACCAUACUAUCCUCUGCAUCCCAUCGGCAGUUAGAGCAGAUCGUGGAAAAUACAGGCUAUCCGUGAAAAAUUCGUAUGGUCAAGACACUGAAGCAGCUGAUUUAACUGUACUUGAUCGACCUAGCAAACCUAACGGACCAUUAGAGGUCUCAGAUGUAUUCGAAGACAACUGUAAUCUAGCAUGGAAACCACCAGAUGAUGAUGGUGGUGAUCCGAUCGAAUAUUACGAAGUUGAGAAACUCGACACUGACUCUGGUCGAUGGGUACCUUGUGCGAAGGUGCACGACACCAAAGCACAUGUCCAAGGCCUGAAGAAAGGUCAGACCUACCAGUUCCGCGUCAAGGCGGUCAACAAAGAAGGUGCUUCUGACCCGCUUCAGACCGACAAAGAGACUAAGGCUAAGAAUCCUUACGGUGAGUGAGC